AUGGCUACUGCCAGUAAGCAAACCGUGAUUGAUCACCACUAUGACGCCAUUGUCGUCGGCGCUGGAGGAGCAGGCCUUCGCGCAGCCGUCGGCCUCACAGAAGCUGGGCUAAACACGGCAUGUGUGACCAAAUUGUUCCCCACGCGCUCGCACACGGUGGCGGCCCAAGGCGGCAUCAACGCGGCGCUCGGCAACGUGACGGCGGACGACUGGCGGUGGCACUUUUACGACACGGUCAAGGGGUCGGACUGGCUGGGCGACCAGGACGCGGUCGCGUACAUGACGCGCGAGGCGGUGGCGGCCGUCGUCGAGCUCGAGCGGUACGGCGUGCCCUUUUCGCGCACCGCCGCGGGCACCAUCUACCAGCGCGCGCUGGGCGGGCAGUCGCUGCGGCGCGGCGCCGGCGGCCAGGCCUACCGCACCGCGUGCGUGGGCGACCGCACGGGGCAUGCCGUGCUGCAUGCGCUGUACGGGCAGAGCUUGCGGCACGGGUGCCGGUUCUUGGUCGAGUAUUUCGCGCUGGAUUUGAUGAUGGUCGGGGGCAGGUGUGUGGGGGUGACGGCGCUGGGCAUGGAGGAUGGGACGUGUCAUCGUCUGUUUGCGAGGGACACGGUGCUGGCGACGGGAGGCUACGGAAGAGCGUACUUCUCCGCGACGAGCGCGCACACCAGCACCGGGGACGGCAACGCCAUGGUGGCGCGGGCAGGCCUGCCGCUGCAAGACAUGGAGUUCGUGCAGUUCCACCCCAGCGGCAUCUACGGCGCGGGGGUGCUGAUCACCGAGGGCGCGCGGGGCGAGGGCGGCUACCUGCUGAACGGCCAAGGGGAGCGCUUCAUGGAGCGGUACGCGCCGACGGCCAAGGACCUCGCGUCGCGCGACGUCGUGUCGCGGGCCAUGAACAUGGAGAUGCUCCAGGGCAGGGGCUGCGGCCCGGGCCGCGACCACAUCCACCUGCAGCUCUCGCACCUCCCCCGCGACGUCAUCCUCGAGCGGCUGCCCGGCAUCGCCGAGACCGCGUCCAUCUUCGCCGGCAUCGACAUCACGAAGCAACCGAUCCCCGUGCUGCCCACCGUCCACUACUGCAUGGGCGGCAUCCCGACGAACUACAGGGGACAGGUGCUCGACGUCGGGCCCGACGGCGACGAGACCACGGUGCCGGGCCUGUACGCUGCGGGUGAGGCGGCCUGCGUGAGCGUGCACGGUGCGAACAGGCUCGGCGCGAACUCGCUGUUGGACAUUGUCGUGUUCGGUCGCGCGUGCGCCAUUGACAUUGCCGGCAGGCACGAAAGUGGGAUGCCGCACGAGAAGGUCCCUGAGAACAUCGGGAUGGAUUCGCUGUCCGAGCUGCAUGCGCUCUUGGCGGCGGAUGGGGACAAGCUGACGGCCGAAAUCCGUGGCGAUAUGCAGAAGGUCAUGCAGGCGGAUGCUGCUGUCUUCAGGACUGGCGAUACUCUGGGAACCGGGUAUGAGAAGGUCAAGGCUGUAGAGGAGGACUUUAAGGGAAGGCUUGCGGUGAAGGACAAGUCGAUGAUCUGGAACUCGGAUCUCAUCGAAACGCUUGAGACCCGUAACUUGCUUACGUGCGCCGUGCAAACGGUGGCGAGCGCCGUCGAGCGGAAGGAGAGCCGGGGCAGCCAUGCGAGAGAAGACUUUCCGGAGAGGCUGGAUGAAGAGUGGCUGAAGCACAGCCUGACCUGGCAGAAGGAAAUCGGUGGAGAUGUAAAGGUCGGAUACAGAGACGUUGUCCUCGACACGUUGGAUCCGGCAGACUGCCCGCCCGUACCGCCAAAGAAAAGAUCAUACUAG